CUCUCGAGUGGUGGGCCAUCUCAGCCUCUCACAUUGUGAAGCGACUGCCCAGCGAAGGAGAAUAGGCGGACCCUUCGCUACCCUCGCCCUGUCCCGCCCGGCUCUCGGCCUGAGCCACCCGUUGCUUUCAGCCUCCGCCCGCUUCCACUCCACAGCACACGUUUGAUUCCCAGGAAGCUGCUCUUCCGCCAGGUCCAAGGACGUGAGAGUGCCUUUCCAUCUUCCCCUUCUACAGCUCUCAUCAUCAGCUUCACUUCAUCCACUGCAAAGCCUCAAGCUAGCCCAGUAUGGCCGUGGUGGCAUCGCUCGACCCUUUCGGCAUCAUCUCUCUCAUCUACCAAGCCAUUCAGAUCGUCAUCUCGUGGGUUUUCUCACCUCUCUACCCCCAGCUACAGCAACCGCAAAAGCCACUCAAGCAUGUAGCCAUCAUUGGCGCAGGCAUCACCGGAAUCAGCUCCGCAUCCCACCUCCUCGGACAUGGCUUCGAUGUGACCAUCUUUGAAGCCUCUCAAGACGUGGGAGGAAUUUGGGCAAAUGUCAAUUCCACUUCCGGCCUGCAGAUUAGCAGUAUAUUAUACCGAUUCCAUCCCAGCGUCAAAUACACCAAAGGUUAUCCCAAGCGAGACGAGAUCUUGGAGAACGUCAAGAAGAUCUGGAAGUCAUAUGGCCUGGACAAAAAGACUCGCUUUAACCAAAAGGUCACUUCGAUCACCCGUCAUGAAUCUUCGGGUGAUCCCGAGAAAGGUGGCCUGUCUAGGUGGAUCAUCAAUGGCAACGAAGGAGACAUCUACGAUGGACUCCUCGUGUGCACCGGUACUUGUGGCAAGCCUAAAAUGCUCGACCUCCCCAAUCAAGAGAAGUUCAUGGGAAAAAUCGUUCACUCCAGUCAUCUUGACGGCGUCGACCUCAAGGACAAGAAGGUGCUCAUUGUUGGCGGCGGCGCCAGUGGAGUCGAAGCCCUUGAGCUUGCCGUAGCGAAGGGUGCCCGAAAGCCUAUGAUCCUCGCCCGAAGUGACAAGUGGGUCAUCCCUCGCUUCACCGUUGUGGACACUGUGCUCGCUUUGCAGCCUCUCGGCCGCCAGACCUGGCUGUCCUGCAUCCCCGAAAUCUUACUUCGCAAACUUCACUAUCGAGACCUGGAGGAAAAGAUGGCUCCCACGACGCCCUUCUAUGCUUCGACUCCCAUUGUCAACUCUACUGCUCUUCAGGAUAUUCGAGAGGGCAAGGCAGACUACGUGCGCGGAGACGUGGUCGAACUGCAAGGCCACUCUGUCAAGUUCAACAAGAGAAAGCGUGGCUCCAAGCCUGAAGACGAAGGUCAAGAGACGAAUUACGCUGCCGACGUCAUCGUUGUUGCUACUGGCUUCGAGAUCCCACCGCUCGAUUUCCUGCCCGACGACCUCUUCCCUGAAGACUACGUUCGCCCCAAUCUCUACCUGCAGAACUUCUCCAUUAAGGACGUCUCAGUCUGCUGCACUAAUGCAUCUUUCAUUGGGGCAGUCGGCACCGUAGGACACGUACACAUCGGUAUCUAUGCAAGGAUCUUGGCCGUCUUCCUGAUGGAUCCCUCCACGCGCCCACUGCCCCGAGAUGCUCGCCUCUGGGUCGAUGGUAUCAGAUGGAUCAAAGCUCGAGCGCCCGGAGGAGCCCUCUCCUUCUUCACCUACAUGGAGCUGAUGAUCUGGCUCGUUUCAUUCAGCUUCUUCAAGAUCGAGAGGCUGAAGUACUUCUUCUUUAUCCUGCUCGGAUGGGGCUUCUGGGUCAGGCAAUCGUAUGACGAACAGGGUCAGGUCAUGAAGGACAAGAAGGGAAGGUUGACGGGAGAGCCCCACUUCAGAUGGUCCUUGACCAAGCUCAUCCCCUUUUACUACGCAAAGACUAGGUAUGCCGUGGGAAGCUCUCCUCGAAUUGGAGGUCCCUCGGCCGUCAAGGUCAAUGGUGCUUAGUUGGUCUCGUCGGCAAAGGAUAGGGGGGUGUCUACGAUACCUGCAUGCUGUUCCCUCUAUGCUGUAGCAUGUCAGAAGUCUUGUAGAAUUGUCGACGACGUCGUGAUCGCGUUUGUAUCUUCUUAACUCCUUCCUCAUAUCUAUGCUUGGAUACGCC